AUGAAUAAAAUCAGAACAGCUGCAAUAAUCUACUCUUCUGCGAACAGCCCUUUUCAGAUUCAGGCUUCAUAUUUCCACACUACUCGCGUUCUGGAACGCCGGAAACGAACUCAGUGGGAUUCUGGAGGAGUAGGAGGAGGACAACGAGGGUGGACUGGUCAAUCAAAGAGGUCUAACUACUAUAGCAGAAGAGCUAGGAAGCAAUUCUCCAAAAGGGAGCUGUUACGUAACGUCAGCUCAUUUGCUGAGGAACUUUUUCAGAGCUGGAAAUAUGAUGUGGAUGACGAUUAUGAUCCACCUCAAAACCGGAGCAGCUCAUGGUUUAGACAGGAGUUUAGGAAUGAUGGACAAAGAGGGGAAAAGUCAAGAAACAGGGGAAGAAAGGCAUGGAGUAAAAAUUAUCAGUUUAUUAUGGAUAAUGAUGAUGAUCCUGACAUUGAGGAAAUGUUUAAAUCUGCAUUUGGUGGAACCGGUUACACUUUCUUUUCCUUUAUAAAUGAUGAUAUCCCACACUGGGGGGACUCAUCACGACACUCUAAUUACCAAAGGUUUCAGUGGAGUUGGGGUCAUGGCCACAGGGAAAAAACGGAGUCUGAUGAUUCGGACUCAGAUUUGGCAUCAGAUAGACUUGCCCUUGGACUGAAUUCAUCUGGGCCUUUAAGUCUUGACCAAGUUAAAAAUGCUUAUAGAGCUUGUGCUUUGAAGUGGCAUCCAGAUCGUCAUUCUGGUUCUUCCAAGGCUGUUGCGGAGGAGAAAUUCAAGCUCUGCAGUGCAGCAUAUCAGUCAUUAUGUGAUAAGCUCGCUAAAUUGCAGAAGAAGGCAUCCAAUCACCAUCGUCAUAAUUGUAUUUGUGGUGGGCUCUCUUUUGUGUCAAGAAAAUCUAUUGCCACCGCCAGAAAUUUAUCAGUUUCAUCCGGAAAAUCAACAACCCCAUUUAUUCUCCAAGUCACUAAGAAGAAUCACCAAUCCCGUUCUUCGAAUUUCAGAGUUUUUGGGAUGUCUCAUUCCCAUAGUCACUCCAAUCCAGAUGGCCGUUCAUCGUCUUCAGUUGCGAUUCACUCUUCAGCUGGGUUCAGUCGGAAGAUCAAUUUCUGUCAGUCUUGUGGUGGCGCAACAAAGUAUGAGGUGCCUGAUGGGGAGGAGAAGAUGAGGGCCAUUUGCACAUCCUGUGGAAGGAUUGCAUACGAGAAUCCAAAAAUGGUUGUAGGUUGCUUGAUUGAGCAUGAAGAUAAGGUACUGCUAUGCAAGCGAAAGAUUCAUCCUUCGUAUGGGCUUUGGACUCUUCCAGCGGGAUAUAUGGAGAUGGGUGAGUCUGCAGCUGAAGGAGCAAUUAGGGAAACUUGGGAAGAGGCAAAUGCAGAAGUGGAAAUCUUGGCGCCCUUUGUUCACUUAGAUAUUCCUCUGAUUGGCCAAACUUACAUUAUCUUUCUGGCCAAGUUGAAGAGACCGGGAUUUUCACCUGGUGAAGAAUCAUCAGAAUGCCAGCUAUUUGCUGUUGAUGAAAUUCCUUUUGAUUCCUUGUCAUUUUCAUCUAUGUUAGUUACCCUGAAACUGUAUAUUGAAGAUCGACAAGCUGGAAGACUCAGGUCUCACUAUGGCAUUAUCAGGAAACGGCCUGGAACCAGCCCUUCUGAAAUAAAUGCUUACACCCUUGACAAUCAUAUGAUGUCCUAG